UGAGAACGAAAGUAGCUGAUAACGCGGGCAGUGCUAGUGUUUCGGUGGUUGUGAACGAGUCAAGACGUUGGCCGAACAACGCAGGAUUGGAGAACUAAGUCGGACGUCCAGAUGUGCAAGGGACAUGAUCUGCACGAGCCAGUUGAGCAUGCCGGUGACCUGCAGGGCGAAGCUCAGCGACAGGCCCACGAGACCCGGGCUGACCUGGCCUCGCCCCAGGGCGGCGAACAGCGCGGACAGGAACACCACCAUGUUGCCCACCAGUUCCACGCGAAUCUCCAUCCAUCUGCGGCCCAGAGCGACGGGUUAUGUUGUGCAUGCAAGGGGAUUCAGGUGGAUUGGUUGUACCUGCACAAGCGAUAUGAUGAGAUGGGGCAGCAUCACCAAUGGAAUGCGAAUCAUGUUGACCAGUGCCAGAGACACGAAAGCCUUUUGAGCAUCAAGGACGUGGGAACUAUCCAUCAGCAAGUCAAAAGUGUUUCCGGUAAAAAAAAAGGCAUUAGUUAUGGAGAAAUGAAAUUAACUGCAGGGGGUGUGAUGAAUGAUCAGCUUCCAGAAUUUCUGUCUAAAUAUAUUAAAAACACUUUGGUAAAGUAUGGAGGUUCAAUUGUCUCUCCAAGAAAGGUAUUGUGGUUGGAGUUUCAAUUGCUUUCAUUGUAUGCAAGAGUAACAAUGCAAUAUGUAAAAUGCAUAGACAAUGAUGCAUUAAAGAAAGAGUUUGAGGUUUUAACUGAGGAGAAAAUUCCUUUUGAGGAGUUUGUUGCAAGUAACAGAUUUGUAUUGGAAUCUGAAGAGCGCGAGCAGUUUUGCACAAUUUGUGGGUUGGGGUACACAGAACGUUGUAUAGCACGUUAUCUUUCACCAUGA